AAUUCAAACAGCAACUAUUUUCACUUGAAAGUAGAGCGAAGCCAAAAUGUCAUCAGGUGACGCCUUACGCAAUUAGCAUAUUCAUGACGCCAUCGCGUCUAUUUGGAUUCUGCCUAGUGUCGGUCGGCAUUUUACUUGAUAUUUUACAACGGUUUCGCAUCUUUCCAAAAAUACAGCAUUUUACCCAAUAAAUAUGUUCUCUUUUAAAUAUUUUUACGAGUGUGAAACUGAACGCGACUCAUGAAACUAAUGUCUUAGAAGUGUCCCAAAAGUGAAGAGAUUGGUCACCAAUGGUCUUCUUGAAAUAAGGUUACAGCUUUCAUUCUCUCCUGCCUGUCUGGAUAGAAAACGCGGAGGCGUAAAUUCACUUCUGGUUUGUCCCUCUUGUUUUUCCGUCGACUGAAGCGCUUAUCGACAACACCAUAACAACACCAGCUAUUACUGUACCAUCAUCAUCUGCUGUCUGCGACCAUCUGCUAUAUUUGAGAUCUAUCAUCAAGUGUUUUAAAAGCUGGCAAUAAAUUAUUUUCCGAGACGUCUUUGUGAGGUAUUAAAUCGGAGACAUUGAGGUCUAACAUCACACGUGCCAAAUGCACCAGCUGUGACAUGGGGAACGUUUAAAGAUGGAAAAACAAAAGAGAGUGGGCGUGUUGUGUGUUUGUAGUUCUGGUGAGGAGGACAGAUGUUUGGAGACGGGUUCGCUUCAUACAUGGAGGGGAUAUUGUUACAGCACCACACCAGAAAGAGUUCUGCUCUCCCGGCCGGUGCUUCAGGCUGCCCUGGGGUGUAAACAUGGUGUUCUGCUGGUAGAGGGAGGGCAGGUCUACAGCUUCGGUGAACUGCCAUGGAAACAAAACCAAGCGUCAGCGUCGACCGAGCCCCUGCUGGAGGCGGUGCUUAGUGAACAGCGUGUGAUUUUUGUAGCCGCUGGCUCCGCCCACAGUGGAGCCGUAACGGAAGAUGGAGGCGUGCACAUGUGGGGAGAUAACACUCACGGCCAAUGUGGCCUGUUGGGUCUGUCUGUUAUUCCUAACCCCACCCCUGUGGGUGUGGUUGAGCCCGAGACCACACCCUCUCUGCCGGUCAAGAUCCUGGAGGUGGCGUGUGGUGACCAGCACACUCUUGCUCUUUCAGCCAAGCAUGAAGUCUGGGCCUGGGGCAGCGGGUGUCAGCUGGGUUUGAACACAUCCACCUUUCCUGUCUGGAAGCCUCUGAAGGUGGAGUGCCUGGCGGGAAAGCACGUGCUGCAGGUGGCGUGCGGGGCUUCUCACAGCCUGGCUCUGGUGCGCUGUCCACUUCCUCCGCAGGAACUUCGGAAACCCCCCGUAGACAAGUGCGGUCAUUGCCAUCAGCUGCUCUACACGAUGACGGACAAGGAGGACCAUGUCAUCAUCUCAGACGGCCAUCGCUGUCCAUUAGGUGUCGAACCGGAGAGCGGAGAGACCAAACCUGAAUCCUCCAAUCCCAGCCAGAUGCCACAAUCUACUUCCGGCACCGUUCCUGCAUCUACAACUCCACCUACUACUGAACCUCAAAAUCAGUCUCCUGCGUCUAAUCAAGAACCUGUAGAACCGGCCGUGAAGGAAUCGGAUGAGUUUGGUGGUCCGGUCACUAAUGGAGAGGUUUGUGUCGAAGCCUCGGAGACCGGCACCCUCGAGCCGGAUUGCUGUAAGGCCACAUGUGGGUCCAUUUUAGGACCUGGGUUGAAGUCCUCCCCGUACCCUGAUGAGCAAGCAGUCAAAGCUUAUCUGAAGAGACUUUCUGAUCAUACUCUGGCAGAGCACACGACCAAAACCUCCAGCACGCUUUGCUCUGCUCAGGUCUCCAGUGACCCCGCUGCGCCUUUCACCCCUGACCCCCUGAUCCCGGUCGCCCAGUCCGUGACUCCGAUGGGGUCAGCCUUGAAUAAUUUGGUGGUGUCGUGUGCCUCUGCAGUGGGGGAGCGCGUGGCCUCCACAUACGAGGCGAUGUCUCUGAGAAAAGUGAUUGGUUACUGGGUUCCCGGAGAAGGACGCGAGCGAGCGGAAGAGAGAAUCCGUCUGGAGGAGCCCAUGCAUGGCAAGAAAAGCUCCAGCCUCGGGGACAUCCGAGAGGAAGAGGCGGAUCUUAGUCGUCGCCUGUCGCUGCCGGGUCUGCUCUCUCAGGGUACACAUGCUGUUCUUCUUUUACACUCGGUGUACCAUCUCUUGUCUCCUCGUCUUUUGCGGCGGACGAGUCGUACCCGUGGCCGUUCUGUCGCGCUCACGUCAGGAGAUGUACCUGAGGCCGACGCCCACCUGCCCUCCCUGCAGACAGAAGUGUGGAGCUGGGGGCGGGGCCAAGAAGGCCAGCUUGGACACGGAGACGUCCUCUCCAGACCGCAGCCCGUCUGCAUUAAGGGUUUAAAUGGUAAGGAGGUGUUGAGAGUGGCCGCAGGUGCUCAUCACUCUCUCGCUCUGACCACACAAUCACAGGUGUUUUCGUGGGGCUGUAACACAUCUGGUCAACUGGGACACAUGGAAUCACCCACCACCUUCCCUCAUUUAACCAAGCUAUCGGAAGGGAUUCGUGUGUGGGACAUAGGGGCGGGACAACAGCACACACUCUUAUUGGCUGAUGGAGAUUGCAUCCAGCCAAUCCUGUACUACAGUGGGCAGCAGGUGAAAGAAGAGGCGGAGCAAACAUCAGACGAGCAGACGGGCAAAUACACGCAACAACCUGUGCUGCUUCCCUUCUGUAUGAAUUUGGGUUACGUGAGCAGCGUGUGCGCGGGUGGACAGACAUGCGCGGCGCUGGCGGACCGUAACGUAAUCGGUUUUAAAAGCAGUCUGCACGAGCUGGCCGCCGCAGAGCGGAAAUACUCCUGCAAACUCAUCAAUAUCAAGAACCUUCUGCUUCAGCCUCUGCUUAAACUGGACUCGCUAAGCUCCGCCCUCGGUCAGUCCUCUGCAGGGCUGCUGCAGAAUCUGAUUGGACGAUUAGGUCGGCUGUCUCAGCUCACGGGACAAAACUCGGCAUCUCUGACGUUGUUCGUGAGGCGGUCACGUGAUGUCCGAGGUCUUGUUCUUCUUGAUGACUCGCAUCUGUUCCUGGACACAUAUUCAGAGUAUUGCUCUGCGGUGAGUGAUCUAUUAGUCAUGGGAGGAUUUCAGGCUCUUGUUAAGCCUUGCCAGGAUGUGUUUGGUAAGGGGGCAGAGGUCGUUCAGAGGUUGUCUGAAUGUUCUGAAGAGGGUUUGCCGUUAGCCGAUGUUCUGGCUCAUCUCUUUUACCUGCCCAUCAAACACCUGCAUGAAUACGGACGAGUGCUGCUCAAACUGUCUUCCUGCUACGAGAUGGGUUCUGUGGAUUAUCAGAAGCUGCAAGACUCCUGCUCGAAAUACGAGUCGAUGGAUCUUCAUCUAAACCGGAGGAGGAAGGAGGCAGAAUACACACUGCACUUCUGGAAGAGUUUUCCUGGGAAGAUGACCGAUUCUCUUCGCAAACCAUCUCGUCGGCUGAUCUGCGAGAGCAGUAAUAAAACUUUGACGCUUCAGAACUCCGGCCGUUUUUCAGUCAACUGGUUCAUCCUCUUUAAUGACGCGCUCGUGCACGCACAGGGCAUGGUCCCCUAUAAAAGUUUUUUUUCCACUCAUCACGUCUUCCCAUUGGCUACGCUGUGGGUGGAGCCUAUUUCUGAGGAUAACGCUGGCCUGUAUGGGUUAAAGCUGACCUCACCUGAGGAGAGUUUUGCUCUGCUGGCUUCAUCUCAGGCUGAAAAGGCGAAGUGGCUUCGUUCCAUAAACCAGGCAGUGGAGCAAGCUCUUAGUGGACUGGGGCAUGAUGGGAUACCUCCGUCCACAGGAGGGAUGCAGAGAGCAGACCCGCCCAUUUCCCGCACAGCGUCAUAUACAUUCUACAAAGACAGUCGACUUAAGGAGGCCACGUACGAGGGCCGAUGGGUCUCUGGAAAACCCCAUGGGCGGGGUGUGGUCAAGUGGCCAGAUGGAAGGCUGUAUACCGGCACGUUCAAGAACGGACUUGAAGACGGUUUUGGAGAAUAUGUUGUACCUAACAAAAAUCUGAACAGCUGUGAUCAUUACCAAGGACAGUGGAAAGAUGGCAAGAUGCACGGCUUUGGGACGUUCAGGUACGCCUCAGGUGAAGUGUACGAGGGCUCGUUUCAAGAUAACAUGCGUCACGGUCACGGGAUGCUGCGUAGCGGGAAGCUGAACUCCACCUCCCCCAGUGUCUUCAUCGGCCAAUGGCAGUACGACAAAAAGUCUGGCUAUGGAGUCUUUGAUGACAUCACCAGGGGAGAGAAAUACAUGGGCAUGUGGGCUGACGAUCUGCGUCAAGGAAACGGAGUGGUUGUUACACAGUUCGGCCUCUACUACGAAGGCACUUUCAGCAACAACAAGAUGAUGGGAACCGGUGUGUUGCUCUCGGAAGACGACACCACAUUUAAGGGAGAGUUCUCAGAGGAUUGGACUCUAAGUGGAAAGGGCGUGUUGACGAUGCCUAACGGAGACUACAUUGAAGGUUCCUUCAGCGGGGUUUGGGGAACCGGACUGAAGAUGUCCGGUUCUUACUAUAAACCCAGCCUGUAUGACUCGGACAAAGACAAGACUCUUUCACUCAAACUGGGAAGGUUAGCGGUUCACUCGGAAGAGAAGUGGAAGGCUGUGUUUGUGGAGUGCUGGCACAGACUGGGUUGUGAUUCUCCCGGACAGGUUGAAACCAGUACAGCGUGGGAUAACAUCGCCAUAGCACUCACUGCUAACAGAAGACAGCAGAGAGACAGUCCAGAGUUACUGACUCGCUCUCAUCAUAAAACACUGGAGAGUCUAGAGUUCAUCCCUCAACAUGUUGGUCCUGUGACUUUAGACGUCUAUCACACAAUUCGCCGCUAUCUUGUGAAGGCGUGCGACACCCCGCUUCAUCCGCUGGGUCGUCUGGUGGAGACGUUGGUUUCGGUGUACCGCAUGACGUACGUUGGUGUCGGGGCCAAUCGCAGAUUACUGCCCCAGGCCGUCAAUGAGAUCAAGUCCUAUCUCAGCCGAAUCUUCCAGCUGGUCAGAUUCCUCUUUCCCGAUCUACCGGAUGAAGGAGGGUCACUGGCUGAGCCCAGAAAGGAGAAGACCUGCCCAAGCAAUCCCGGGAAACAGCUGGAGUCUCCUAAACCUGGGUGUGUGGUGAGCAGCGCGGCUCUUCUGCUGCCGGUUCUUCUGCCGCGUCUCUAUCCUCCUCUCUUCACUCUCUACGCUCUGGAUAAAGAGAAGGAGGAUGAUGUGUACUGGGAGUGUGUCCUGAGACUCAACAAACAGCCCGACCUCGCGCUGCUCGCGUUCCUCGGGGUGCAACAGAAAUUCUGGCCUGUGACUGUUACUGUACAUGGAGAAAAACAGCAGGUUUGUUCAAGCACUAAAGACGCCUGUUUUGCCUCCGCGGUUGAGACAAUACAGCAGAUCAGCACAACUUUCACCCCCUCAGACAAGCUCCAGGUCAUCCAGCUGACCUUUGAGGAGAUCACACAGGAAGUACUCGCGCUCCUGAAACAGGAUUUCCUGUGGUCUAUGGAUGACCUGUUUCCUGUCUUCCUCUUUGUGGUUUUGCGUGCACGGAUCAGGAAUCUGGGGUCAGAGGUCAGUCUGAUGGAGGACCUGAUGGAUCCUUGUGUUCAACACGGAGAGCAUGGAAUCAUGUUUACCACACUGAAGGCGUGCUACUAUCAGAUCCAGCACGAGAAGGUCACAUAAUGCACACAAUCUCUCCAAAACCAUCUGAUGGUGCAGUGGAAUGACUGACAGACACACCAGCCAAUCACAGUGGAGUGGCGAGCCGGCCGUGUUCAGCGUCCAGAUCAUGUGUCCUGAGGGGGGUGAUGCUAUUGGCUGAGCUCUCAUCAUCACAGAAAAGCCUCCGGUUCAUGUGCAAGGGGCGUGGAUUUGAGUUUUAUUUCUAUUCUCGUGACGUUUUCAUGUCUUCCUCGUUCACUUUAUUGAGGUUUUUUAAAAUGCUUCCAUUCCAUCGCUGUAUUAAAGGAUUCAGUGUUUUUUUUUAUUUAAGAGCAGACGCCAUUCUGAUGUUGAACGUUUAUGUGUGAAGUUGAUUUGUAAUGCUCUGUAAGCCAUCUACCUCCGUCUUCACAGUAAACCACUACACUAAACAACUUUUCCUGAUAGUGUUUCAUCAUUUAACACAAGCAGCACACUGCCACAGACACAAUAUUUAUCACAAUAAUGGAUUUUCACAAACACAACAUCUGGACUGUUGUCCUUCUCAAAUAAGAAACAGAUUGUGGUCUGACUGACAGGGAUGAAGUUCUGCUUUAUUCCAUCGAAAUGUUUGUUUACAGACUUGGAUCUGAGUUUUGAAAGAGUUCGUGCUGUUUGUUUGUUUGUUGUUGUUGUUUCUCUAUGCACUCGCUCAGAUGUUCCUGAAGUGUUUUUGUGGUAUUUUUGAAAUGGUGUCGAGGCUCAUAGAAAGCUCAUAGUGACACAUAAGCACUAAGUCAUGUUUUUCUCAUCUGAAGUAUUUUAAAGUGCCUCUCGACAGCGUUACGGAUGUUUAUCAUGACAUCAUCAUUCAGCAAUAGCAUCCAGUUUCAUUUCAAGCUGUCGGCCUGUUGCGAUUUGUUUUCUUUUAUUGAUGUUUUAUGUAUUUGCAGCCAAGAUGAUCUGAGUGAUGUGGAUGAUGUGUGGAAUAAUUCACAGGACCGUGACAUUUCCAAAGCGUCUCUGAGUGAGUUUGAAUGAGGAUAAGAGAUGAGGGCUUUCAGUUUGUUUAAGCUCGGUGAAACUGUCAUGGCUGUGUACUGUUGUUUACUGACACGAUGACAUGUGAGAUGUUGCAGGAAUAUCAUGGAUCAGAAGAUACGGAUCAGUUUUACUCUGCCGAGCCAAGCUUUGUACAUUCCCCCCUGUCUCAGAGAGAGAUUUCUGUCAUUUUUAUUUCUAAGAACUGAAAAAAAAUUAUAUUCAAACUGUCUACUGACUUAUUAAUUUGAAUGAAAGGCAAUAAAGCUCUGGAUUAC